GGUCGGGGUGCUGUAAAAUUCACUUCUCCUUCCUUCCUAAUCCCACACAUUCCACAAAAUCCAUACCACGCACAAGAAUGUAUAAUAGUACAACUGUUUUUCGAUUCUGUAAUGCUGUCGGUGCCUGUCAGCUCAUGAUUUUCUGCCUCGCGAUCCAGUUCAGUGAAUCACUUCAGUAGUUUUAGACAGCAAUGUAAGCACGCUCUCCACCAUAAUAACUGGAAAUUGCAUCAUACACGCUUUUCCUUCUCUGGAUUUUUCACCUCAGCAUCUCUAAAUCUUCUUAAACGUUAAUUAUUUAUGUAAAUAUAACUGCAGUGUAUGAUUGAAUCCUGAGCACGGCCUAGCGAGAUAUUUUUCAAGACACAUUUUGUUCACCACUUUCACGCUGCGACAAAAUUUGUCAUCAGAAAAUUAAUUGUGAAUUUCUGCUCUUACAACAAGUCAAGACCUAGCCUCCGAAAAUUCUUACAGAAACAUAAUCCCGAAUUAAAAGGAAAACCAUGUUGAAUCUGUUGGGCGAUGUCACCAAAGUCUACAAGCGGCACUCGGUGACCAUCGACAACCGCACCUUCUUCCUCAACCGCGUGGUCACCCUUGGCCUGCUGACCUUCUGCUUUGUGGUGCAGAUGGGCACCAAUUUCUUCAAGACGUCGAUUGAGUGUAUCGGCGAAAAACAAUUUCUGGAUUUUGCAAAUCUCUACUGCUACGUCCACUCCACCUACUCUAUUAAAAGCCCGGAUGCACAACUGGAUCGCCACAUGAACGUUGGCGUUGAGGACAGCACGAAAACGCAGAUCAGACAUGACUAUUACCAGUGGGUCAGUCUGGCCCUGAUUGCCCAGGCCGCCCUGACCUACCUGCCCUCCUUUGUGUGGCGCAUCUGGGAGGGUGGCCGCAUCAAGUCUCUGGCCAGCGGUUUGCUUUCUCCUUGUGUGACCUCAGAGGUCAGGGGCCUUGCCAAGGGAAACAUCAAGCACUUCCUUGUGCAAGGCUCGCACCUCCAACGCUUCUACCUUGCCAGAUUUGUCUUCUGCGACCUGCUGAACCUGGCCGUUAUCUUUGCCCAACUCUUCUUCAUCAACCUCUUGGUCGGAAACGUCUUCACUAUGUUCGGCUUCGACGCCCUUAAAGUCUUGGGAGCGAAUCCACUUGAGAGGACAGAUGACUUGGCCUACGUCUUCCCCACUGUAGCCAAAUGCCACCUUCCCAAAUUUGGACCGUCCGGUCGCCAGGAAAGUAGAGACUACCUUUGCGUGCUGCCCUUCAACCUUGUCAACGAGAAGAUGUACGUCAUGUUGUGGGUCUGGUUCUGCAUUCUGGCCGUGGUCGCCAGCUUCAGCGUCGCUUUCCGCAUCAUGACCCUUUUCUCCUCAACCCUCAGGAACAUUCUGCUUCAGCUGCGUUGCCACCCUGGCCAUGAGCAUCAUAUAAAAGAGGUUGUGUCCAAAUUUGAUGCUGCCGACUGGUUCAUCCUAUGUCAAAUUGGCAAAAAUGUGAACACCACUAUGUUCACCGAAAUUGUUGAUGAACUUGCACUCGAAAUGAAGAAAACAAAUCAACUUGUGUAAAAGAAGAAGUUAAUUUUCUAGAUUACCUGUAUAGAGAAGGUAGGAGCAUUUAUUUAAUUUUGCAUGAUACCCUGCAAAGAGGACCUAACUUUUCUGUUUAUGCUCAAAGUGAAUUUAGAUGUUGAAAAAAUAAGGCAGGGAACAUAUAAAUAUUUUCAUUAUUGUAAAACCAGCAAUAUGUUCAAACAGGGAUGGAUAUGUCAAGAUGCUUUGAAAUAUAAGCGAUUUUGUAUAACAAAAGUUUUAAAGAAUGCCAUAGAGAGAUUUAAGGGACUGCUAUCAGAAGACUUGAAAAUACUUAACUUCAGUACAAGGCGACUGUUUUUUUAAUGCACACAGAAUGAUAAAAAGAAAUUUAAUAGGCCAUCAAUGGACCAAUGUAUGAUGUAAAACAGCUAGGUUUUUGGAAAUGGAAAAUUUUUAAAGCCUGUAUGAGAGAAACUCAGAACUAAAACACAUUCUGGCAGUCAAGGAAAGUACACUACACACCUAAUUUAUUAGAAGUCUUGAAACUGUAUUUUACCCUCAAUUUUGUAAUGUAUUUAAAAUAUUUAUUUAAAAUGUAGCUGAAAACCUGCAAAGAGCUACAAUAAAAAAAAAUACAUUUUGAAAUAAUUCUAUGUAUUGAACAUUUUAAUUGGUUUAAAAACAAAAUUAUUAAAAAGUUAAAAGACUAAAAUCAGCCACUGUGGCUAAAUUUAUAAUAUUACUGGCAGUGACUGGCCCAAAAUUAAUUUCAGUUAUAACAAAUGUACAUAGUUCAUAUAUAUAUAUUGCAACCGCAAC